AUGAUGAAGGGUCUUGAGCGUCAAGCUUCUCGUAUCCAGGAGCUUGUCGUACGUACGUCGGCUCUACGGGACGCCGGUUGGUCUUACACGGAAGCGCCUGCUACUGGGGGGCUGCACGCGUCCAGUCAUCCUGGACCUGGCCAGUACUACGCUGGGGGGGCGGACGCCGGAGUACUGCCCGCUCCUGCUGGGGAACCUCGGGGAGUCGACUCGCCCCACGAUGGAGCCCGGCCGGCUGCUGCAGAAGAGCGUUCUUCAUGGAGGGACUCGGCCCCGUCGGCGACAGCCUCCUUCUAG